UCGCUUCGUCAAAUCCGCGCGCGCGUCGUGUCGCGUACGCGCCCACGCCCACUCCCACGCCUUCGCGCGCGCGCGCGCGCGUCGUCGUCUCCCUCACCACUCGCCCCGAUCGAUCGAUCGAUCGAGUCGUCGUCGUCGACCCGUUUUCUCUCCUCUUCUCGAUCGUUAUAUCGCGACCAGUACGCGCUACUACUUCUCACUCUUUGCCGCUCGUUUCGCUCGGAGUAGCCAUGCUCCAGGCGAGCUCGGAGUUGCAGCAGCAGCCGGCGGCGGCGGCGGCGGCGGCCGGGAUGUGGGUGCCCGGGAUGAGCCCGCAGGCGGUGGACGCCGGGCUGUCGGCGAGGGCGCAGGAGAUCGCGCGGAGGCGGGAGGAGAUGCUCGGGAUGCUGCAUGACCUCCCCGAGUCCGAGUACGAGCUCUCGCUCACGGACCUCGUCGAGAAGGCCGGCGGUGUCGGCGUGGCGCCGCCUUCGCCUUCGCCGUCGGAGGGGAAGGCAGAGCCGGGCCCGGCGCGGACGGCGUCCGGCAGGCAGUCGGAGCAGCAGCAGCAGGCGGCGGCGGCGGCGGGGAGGCCGGAGAGGAGGGGGUCGGCGAGGCGGUGGGACAGCGCGGGCGGCAGCAGCUUCCGCAGCAGCAGCGACGGCGUCCUGCUCAACUUCUACAUGCCACGCUCCUUCACCCGCAGCUUCACCGCGCCGCGCACCACUGGCCCCGGCCGGCCGCCGUCGGUCUCCGGCGGCCGGACCGCCAGUGUCUGCUCCGAUCGCAACAAGAGGGAGAGAGAUGGCGAGACCGUGCGGUGCUGGUCGCUGCUGUGGGAUCGGCGGUGGCGCAAGUCGAGCCGGGGAGAUCACGGCAACGAGUCCGCCAUCCGGGCCGCGAUCCUCAAGGCGGCGAAACACAACGCUUCUUCCCCAAAGAAAAUCUGAAUGCUGCUGCUAGCGUCCAUCGUUUUGGUCUUAGAUAGCUAGCGCAGACUUAUCUGCCUGCCACCACUGGGUGUAUCAAUACUAAUGUAUGGUUUUGUACAUACUUAUGAGUGUCCAUUUUGUGCUUGUGAACUGAUUGUGUGUGAAAAACUGAAGAUAGGCAUAUUGGAAAUGAUUCCAUAAUUGCGUGCA